AUGGCUCCCAAGAAGAACACCCGCCCGGUCGCCAGCUGCCACGGCAUGAAGACGAGAGCCGCCUCCCGUCGGGAAAAGGAGAGUUCCUCAUCGGGCAGCUCCCCUUCUUCCUCUCCCGAACCCGUGCCCAAGAGGGUUGGCAGAGGCAGCAAGCGCAGGGUGUCGGAAUCCGAAGAGUCCGAGGAUUCUACAGAUGACGAGAGGCCAGCGAAGAAGACCAAGGUGACACAGAAGCCCGGCCCGGCUGCCAUUGGCAUUAGCGAAGACUCCGAGGAUGACAGUGAGGAAGACUCGGAAGAUAGCCCGAGGGUCUACUCGGAGAGCGAACCAGAGGACGACUCGGGAGACGAUCAGGAGAGCGAGCCCGGGGAGAACAAGAAACUGGCACCCGUGGGAAGCGCAAGCCCAGUUCGCCCCCCCGGCGAAACCCCUGAGCCAAGCUUACACGUGCGAUCUGACGGAUUCUGGCCUGCGAUUCGCGACGUUUACAUGCGGGCACUGCAGGACAAGAGCAUCAAGAUCGACAUCCCGUGCAUCAUCUGCACCGACGACACCAUCGUCUGUGGCCAGUUCCACUGGCAGGCUUAUCCUUCGCAUCGAAACGAUGACAAAAAGGAGGUGCCCGUGAUCCUCUGGUGCGGGCACAUCAUCGGCGACGAAUGCCUCGCGCAGUGGAAAAGGACCAGGACGAGAGCCGGGGAGCCGCACAACUGCCCCGUGUGCAGACAGUCCCUGGAGUGCUCGACGUGCUCGGCGCCGCUGGUGGGCUGGGGCCUCUCGCCGGACUGCCUGGUGAUGGGCAAGGAGACGCUCCACGAGAACCCGGACCAGUCCAGGGAGUGCAACUGGUGCCGGGCGGAGAUCUUCCUCGGGGAGGACGUCCGGCACGGCGGACACCACCUCGCGGAGCCCAGGAACCGCGACACGGUCCGGCGGCUGUGGCAGUGGUUCAACAUCGUGAGGAACCGCACCGAGAGGGAGAUCCGCACGGGGAAGCACAUGAACGUCGACCCGGCGCUCGUCCCCGGACUCAUCUUGAACGAGGUGUUUGCGGAGAUGAAGCAGGUGCUGGCGGACCUCGAGGUCGACGUGCGCGAGGACUUGGACCAGAGGCUGGAGGAAGUCGAGAUGAUGUUUAACAUCACGGCGCCGUGGACCCAUGUUGAUUACGGCCAAGAGGAUGAGGAGGACGAGGAGGAGGAGGUGAGGGGGGAGCAAAGGAAUGAGGACGAGGAUGAAAGGCACAGGUGGGGAGGACCGGAGGUAUACCCUCCGGGUCUGGAGCCCCGUAUAUGGAUUUGA